AAACAUUUGUUGUGCAUGGCAGUUGAAUCACAAUAUAAAAAAGGUGCCUGUAUUUGUGCAAAUGUAUGCAUAGCUUGCCAAAUAAAGCAGAUGAUAUAAAUACAAAACAAUUGAUUAACUGUCAGAUGGUAUAAAUAUCACCAGCCGUUAGAAAAUGCUAUUAUUUAAAACGACGCGAUUGCAGAUUAUCGAUAACUAUCCGGCUAACCGUUGGAUAAAGAGUUAAUAAAAAUAAUACAAUACAAAUAAAAUAAAUUGCGACUGCGAAUUAAGGGUGUGUGUGUGUGUGUGUGUGUGUGCGCGCGCGUAUAUAUAUAGAGAUACAUACAUACAUAUAUAUAACAAAAUUGAAGCUGAGCAAUUACUCAAUUGUGUAAUGUCCACCAGAUGCGCAAUCUCGUUGCCAAACGGCUGGCCGUCUACAACAACAUUUAUGUGACUUAUUGGAGCUGCGCCAAAACAACAACAACUGCAGCAUUGAACUGCAUUAGACGGCAUAAAUUCGAGCAGCCAGGUGAGAACGUAACACCUGCUCGGAAUUAAUCGCACUGACACAAAGACUCGGCCCUAAGUACACACAACUCAAGUGUAUUCUCGCCGGCAGCUAUAUAGAUAGGAUAACAGCCUUAAUUGGGGCAUCAAAUUGUUACGUAACUGAAAGAAAUCCGACGCAGUUCAAAAGGCCAAACAACAUGUCGGAGAAAUUAUCAAUUAUCGAUGUGAACCGGUUGUUCGAUCUGCAGACGUUUACGGGUCGCUUUAAGUACUAUGCCUGGAUGACGGAUCCGCGCACGGUGGUCGUGUCCAACGAGCGCCUGCUGCAGGCCAAGCAAAUGGUGGACAACUAUCGGGCUGGCAAACAGAAGGAGAAUCUGAAACCCGAAGAAGUUAAAUACAAUCUGAAGCUGUAUUAUUCGGCAUUCCAUCCGGAUACAGGGGAGCUGCAGAACUUUGCCGGCCGGAUGAGUUUUCAGGUACCCGGUGGCAUGCUGAUUACGGGCGGCAUGUUGGCCUUCUAUCGCACCGUAUCCGCCGUGGUGCUCUGGCAGUUUCUCAAUCAGUCCUUCAAUGCGGUCGUCAACUAUACGAAUCGUAAUGCCAACUCGCCCACCAGUGUUACGCAGCUGGGCCUGUCCUUUGUGUCGGCCACGACCGCGGCAUUAGUUGCCGCCAUUGGAUGCAAGAAUUACUGGUCGAAGAAUGCGUCGCCGUUUCUGCAGCGGUAUGUGCCUUUUGCGGCUGUGGCGGCAGCGAACUGUGUCAAUAUACCCUUUAUGCGCCAGAACGAGAUCAUCAAUGGCAUUGAGGUGAAGAAUGCCGACGGCGAGGUUGUCGGCCAGAGUCGACUGGCUGCCAUUAAAGGCAUCAGCGAGGUGACCAUAUCGAGAAUCACAAUGGCAGCGCCGGGCAUGUUGUUGCUGCCCGUCAUUAUGCAGCGACUGGAGAAGUUGCCCGCAUACAGGCGCAUCAAAUGGAUCAAUGCACCCUUCCAAACGCUCAUGGUGGGCUGCUUCCUCUGUUUCAUGGUGCCCACGGCCUGUGCGAUUUUCCCGCAACAAUGCAGUCUGGACACCUCCACAAUGCGCACCUUUGAGCCGGAACUCUAUAAGGAUAUGGUCAAGCGUACUGGAGACAAGGUGCCCAAUCGUGUGUACUUCAACAAGGGCCUGUAAAAUGGAUUUGGCAAUAGGCCAGCUCGACGCUUAGACAAUAAAAUGUUAAUUUUAGCUUGUCAUCAUCGUUUUGUGCAUUUACAGAAACGCGCAACGUAUUGUUCCUUGUUCUAUGUCACAUCAUAUCAUGAGUUUCCUGUUCGUUUCAAAAUUCUAUGUAUUUUGACAGUGUGAAUUUGUAUGAAUGUGUAAUUUGCAUAAAUCAUUUUCUACAUGAUGUUCUACUCACUUUA